AUGAUUCUGUCGACGCAAAUAUCCCGGCUGGACGGCCUCAUGCUCUGCGCCUCGGUCGACGACGAACAGUCCGAAGCCUCGUCCCUCAAGGAAGUCAAGCAGCAGAUCCGCCAAGUUCUCCGUAAGCUCACCCGAAACGCCGAGUCCCAGGCAUCCAUCGAGUCGGGCUCCUACACCAUCCACUAUCUCAUCGACUCCGACGUCGUCUUCCUCUGCUUCUGCGACCGCGCCUACCCGCGCAAGCUCGCAUUCACCUACCUCGCCGACCUCGCCCGCGAGUUCACCACCACCCACCCGCCCGCUCAGCUUCAAAACCCCACCCUCCGGCCCUACGCCUUCAUGGACUUUGACAAUUUCAUCGCCAAGACGCGCACGACGUACGCCGACGCUCGCGCCACGCAGAACCUCGACAAGCUCAACGAUGAGCUGCGCGAUGUCACAAAGGUCAUGACCAAGAACAUCGAGGACCUCCUCUACCGCGGCGACAGCCUCGAGCGCAUGGGCGAAAUCAGCAGCAGGCUCCGCGACGACAGCAAAAAGUACCGACGGUCCGCCGUCCGAAUCAACUGGGAGCUGCUUCUGAAGCAGUACGGGCCGCUCGCGGGGCUGGGCUUCUUUGUCCUGCUCUUCAUCUACAUUCGCUUCUUCUAA